AAAAAUUAUCUCCUUUUCAUGGUUCUUUUGGUUGGGUUCCUUGUUACUGAAGCUUGUUAUCUGGCUUGCUCUUCUGAGUAUGCAGUAAAAUCUGGGACGUCAAGCAUGCUUAGUUCAGAGACUAGCCUCUCAGAAAAUUUGGCUGUCAGCACAAGGAUUUUCUCUAUUCUCCAAUUGGUAUGGCAGGUGGCAUUUUUCACAUGGCAUUUAUAUGGCAUAUGCUUCAACAUCAGAACCGAUGAGUGGGUGAACUGGAAGAAGUAUCCUGAGUUCCAGUUGAUUGUUCAAUACCAACCAGGACAAAGCUCUACAGAAAUAAGAUUUACCAAUCCACAUGACAAAGGUAUUUUGCAAAAUGUGAAAGAGUUUAUGUCAUUGGAAAAACGGUAGUUUUUACGGACUGCAAAGUAUUGAGCAUGUGCAGCAGCAAUACUAGCUGGAAGUUUUUCUGAUCUAACA